GAGCCGAUAAAAGGCGGCGGGCGGCCCCACCCCGCGGCAGGCCGGCGGGCAGGCUCGGCGCGUCCCUUCCGUCCGGCCCGCGCCGGCGGCGGGCGCGCGCGGCCACCGCAGCCACCGCAGCCCGCCCAUGGAGGCUUUCCCCUGGGCGCCCCGCUCGCCCCGCCGCGCCCGCGCGCCCCCGCCCAUGGCGCUCGUGAGCCCCCCGGGCCCGGCGCACCCGCAGCCCUUCAGUUCGUGGAACGACUACCUGGGGCUCGCCACGCUCAUCACCAAAGCGGUGGACGGCGGCGGCGGCGGCGGCCGCGGCUCCCCGCCCUCGUCGUCGUCGUCGUCCUGCUGCUCCCCCCACGCGGGGGCCGGGCCGGGGGCGCGGGGGCCGGCGCUGGGGCCGCCCGACGACGACGUGGACGACGACGACGACGACGACGGCGGCGGCGGCGGCGGCGACGACAGCAGCGGCGACGAGCCGGGCGCGCGGGGCCGCUACCUGGAGCUGCGCGCGCUGGAGCUGUGCGCGGGCCCCGCCGAGGCCGGGCUGCUGGAGGAGCGUUUCGCCGGGCUCAGCCCGUUCGCCGGCCGCGCGGCCGCCGUGCUGCUGGGCGCGCCCGCCCCCAUCUCCAUCCCCAUCCCCGCCGCCACCACGGCCGAGGUGGCGCCGCCGCUGCCGCCGCCUCCGCCGCCACCACCGCCGCCGCGCGAGGAGCGCGCCCCGGCUUGGGCGGCCGAGCCCCGGCUGCACCCCGCCGCCUCCGGGCCGGCCGCCGGCCGCCUGCUCAAGCCCGAGCUGCAGGUGUGCGUGUUCUGCCGCAACAACAAGGAGGCGGUGGCGCUGUACACCACGCACAUCCUCAAGGGCCCCGACGGCCGGGUGCUGUGCCCCGUGCUGCGCCGCUACACGUGUCCCCUGUGCGGCGCCAGCGGGGACAACGCGCACACCAUCAAGUACUGCCCGCUCUCCAAAGUGCCGCCGCCGCCGCCGCGCAGCGCCCGGGACGGCCUGGCCGCCAAGAAGCCGCGCUGAGGCCGC